CAAGGGCCGAGAGGCAGCCUGGGCGUCCUUUUAAAGCAACGCCGACGCCUUCCGCCGCCGGCGCUAGCGACGUUCUCCUCCCGCUCGCGUCACACCACGCGCUGAGCGGAGCAGCCGGGAAGUCAGACAGAACCGCAAGCUCCGUAACGUCAGGUGCUCCGUUCCCAUGUGCGCCGUCUCCGGGCUUCCCCUACAGCUGGGAACGUCGUCGCCGCCAGUUACAGGACUUCGACGCGCUACUUGUUCGUCUCGGCGAUCCCGGGAUCCUACUACUUCCUUCGGCCGGAUCGCAACGUGCGACCGGCGUGCGGUCGAGGAUCCCGACUGAUUAUCUUCUUGGAACUGUCGUCGUCGCCGCCGCUUCGAGGGCCUCAACGUCGCCGACGUCUUUUGUCGAGGUCUUCCGCGACGCGCCUUUGUGUCGGCAACCAAACUCUCACCGGCGUCGACCCUUUCCCGCCAUCGGUCGGGUGACCCGUGCUUCGUCGUGUUCCUGCGAAAGGAGGAGGGCAACACGUGACUUUGGGGUUUUCUGCGCCGCUUUGUUCUAGCCGUGCACGUGAUUGUAUACUUUUUGGCCCCCUUCUGACUUUUUGUAUUAUUUAUUUUUACACGCUCUCACCUUCGCCAUUGUGAAACUGAACUGGGCUCUUCUGUUUUCCUGCGGUCUUCUAUUGCGGAUUCGCCGGACAUCGAAUUUCCGCCUCUUCAAAUCGUCGCCGGCUUCGGGAGCUGUUGCCACUACACCGUCGUCCGCUCAACGCACGAGUUGUCAAUCGGCGACUGCUCGUUUCCAGUGGCUUUUAUUGGAGCUUGUUGACUGACUUCAACGCGUCGUCUUUUUCUUUUGCGGCUUGCCCACCCCCCCACUUAGAGAAGCACUUUGUUGGCACAGAACACGUUGACGGAAGUGCUGUUCUAAAAGACUUUGUGGCGGUCCACUGCCGAUGAACGCUUUGUUUUGACAGUCAACGCUUGACUUCAACGUCGGGAAAACAUGGUGUUCGUACUGAGCCCCAGCCGGCGCUUCAGCAGCAAGUGGCUGAUGGCGGACAUAUCGCCCGAGCGGCCGUCGACGCCUCCCAAGGGUACGCCCGUGACCUCGCCCAAUGGCACCGGCGCCGACAUCAGCAGCGUGGUCGAGAACAUCGCCAAGGCGACCCAGUUGAGCGAGAAGUUGAACACCGUGUCAUCUUCCUCAUACAGUGCCUCGGAGAAGCACUCCAGCAGCUCUCAGAUGCUGAAAAGUUCGACGACGGCUGCGUCGAGCUCGGGGUCACUGCUGAACAAGAAGUCUCAGCUGCUGCACCACUCGCUGGCGAGCUCGCAGCAGCAGACGCAGCAGCAACAGAAGGAAGAGCAGCAGCAGCUGUUCCAGCAAGAGAACCGUAGCACCACAAACUACAGUCGCAGCGUGAGCGUAAGCUCGAGUAGCUCGAGCACCGACUCAAGGCUCAAGACGAUCUCAUCGCAGAGGGGCUACACGGUCGACUGCGGCACGCCGGAGGCCUCCGAUGAAGGCCGCGUCCGCGAGUCGACGCCCUCCGAGGUUCGUUUCGAACAGAAGCGGGUCACCUCUUCGGCCAAGAGCAAGCUGGUGGCCGACGGUGUGACGGCCGAGAAGUCUGCCACCACCAACAAGGAGCUCAAGAGGCUCCAGGCGGGCGACAUCACCUUCCAAGAGAAGCAGCACUCUCAGGCAAUGAAGGCUCGCAUGGAAGGCGAAGGAUUCUCGGCCGAGAAAAUUGCCGCCGUGAAGCAGGACCAGAAGCAGCUCAAAAUGGGCGACACGCUACACCAGCAGCAGAAGACCGCCGCGGCGUCGGCCUCAAAGAUGUCUACGGAAGACUACACUGCUGAAGAGAUCUCCAUGGCGAAAAAGGAGGAGCGUCAGAUGUACACUCAGGGUGUGCUGCAACAGGAAAAGAGUGCCGCCUCAUCCGCCAGCUCCAAGGUCUUUAUCAGCUCCAAGGGAGUGUCUAAGUCAUCCGCGUCGCACCAGACGGUCAAGCACAUGGACUACAGCAGCGGUGGUAGCUCCUGCGCUUCGCCCAUCGUGACGUCGCCGACGCAGGAGAUGUUCAGCAGCGGCCUGCCGCCGCUCCCUUCCAACCAGAGGCUCGCCGUAGGCCAGGGCUUGGCCGACGAGUUGGACACCUUGCGGUCUCCUUUGUCUCAAACGGAAGUCGAUAAGGCCAUCUCACGGUUCGCCAGUCGUAUGGCACUCUGCGUGGAGCAGUUGAAGACCGCCACCGAGGACGAAGCCGUUGAGCUUCUGGCCACGAUGUCGGUCAUCAUCCGCAAAGCGUGGGCCGUCCCUACAUACGGACACGACCUGGGAUUCACCAUGUGCAACAUCCUGCGCACCAACGGCGGCCUCGACGUCAUCCUCAAGAACUGUUCUUCCGGCAGCGAGGAGCUGCAGUUCGCCAGUGCCAGGCUCCUGGAACAGUGCCUGUCUACGGAGAACCGGUCCUACGUGGUCGAGCACGGUCUAGAACCCGUCGUGAAGGUUGCUUGCUUGUGCAGCUUUAACAACCAAGGCGCCUACUCACGAGUGGGAACGGGAAUCCUGUGCCACCUGUUCAAGCAUUCCGAGUCCACCUGCAGCGAGUUGAUUCGCCUCGGAGCGCUUAAGUCCAUCCUGUACGACUGCCGCACGAGCGACGUGGAGACGCUGCGGCACUGUGCUUCCGCCCUGGCGAACCUGAGUCUGUACGGCGGACCCGAGAACCACCAGGCUAUGAUCAAGCACAAGGCUCCCAUGUGGCUGUUCCCACUCGCCUUCAACCUGGACGACAACAUCAAAUACUACGCCUGCCUCGCCAUAGCGGCGCUCGUGGCCAACAAAGAGAUCGAAGCGGCCGUCAUGAAGUCCGGUACGCUGGACCUGGUCGAGCCCUUCGUGACGAGCCACCAUCCCGAGGAAUUCGCCAAGAGUCACGUGGCCCACGUCCACGGACAGUCCAAGGACUGGCUGCUGCGUUUCGUACCCGUCCUCGACAGCAACAGAGAAGAGGCCCGAAGCCUCGCCGCGUUCCAUUUCGCCAUGGAAGCUGGCAUCAAGAAACGACAAGGAAACACGUCGGUGUUCGCGGAGAUAGGAGCUUUGGAGGCCUUGCGAAAAGUAGCCAGCUCUCCAAAUGCCAUCGCUUCGAAGUUCGCGGCCCAAGCGCUGCAGCUUAUCGGCGAAGAGGUGCCGCACAAGCUGUCCCAGCAGGUUCCCCUCUGGACUGUCGAGGACGUGAAGGAGUGGGUCAAGCAGAUCGGUUUCACCAACUACGCUUCGGAGUUCGUCAGCAGUCGAGUGGACGGCGACCUGCUGCUGCAGCUGGACGAGCCCAUGCUGAAGGAGGACAUAGGCAUCAAGAACGGCAUCUUGCGGCGCCGCUUCCUGCGCGAGCUGUCCCAGCUCAAGCGCAUGGCCGACUACUCGUCGGUGGACACGACCAACGUCAACCAGAUCCUGCAGAGCCUCGGCUCCGACUUCAGCCAGUACACGUACCGCAUGCUCCAGAGCGGCGUCGACAUGGACUCGCUCAAGAUGCUCAACGACGACCAGCUGUUCAAGGAGUGCGGCAUCGACAACUCCAUCCACCGGCUACGGAUCGGACAGGCCAUACGCGGUCUGAACCAGUGCGCGGACGAGGCCGACGAAAUCGAACGAAACAAGAGCCUCGAUGUCUUCGUCAGCUACCGGCGCUCCAACGGAUCUCAGCUUGCCAGUCUCUUGAAGGUUCACCUGCAACUGCGAGGCUUCUCAGUGUUCAUCGAUGUUGAACGACUGGAAGCGGGAAAGUUCGACAACAACCUCCUCAACAGCAUACGACAGGCCAAGCAUUUUUUACUCGUCCUCACGCCCAACGCCCUCGACCGGUGUGUGGGUGACAAUGACCGCAAGGACUGGGUUCACAGGGAGAUUGUGGAAGCUCUUCAGAGCCAGUGCAACAUCAUUCCAAUCCUGGACAACUUCCAGUGGCCAGAGUCUGAAGUCCUCCCUGAGGACAUGAGGGCAGUCUGCUACUUCAAUGGUGUGCGGUGGAUUCACGACUACCAGGAUGCAUGUGUCGACAAGCUCGAGCGGUUCAUGAGGGGCGAGAUGAACGUGCGCAGCGACGGUCCGCUGGGCCGCUAUGUGGGCAUGGGAGGUCCCGGCACGCCGGGCACCCCGAGCACGAUGGCCAGCUGCCGUGCGGCAGUCUACCAACGCAGUGCCAGCAAUGACAGUACCAAGGGUAGCACUGGUUCCGACCGCGAGUCCAGCAAUGGCCGAGCUCCCACAGAGCAGCCACAAGCGCAGCUCCCUGCGCAGCCACACUGCUGACCCCACCGCGCCACCGGGGGGUCCCCUCACUCAAGGACCCGCACUGCAAAAUCAAGCAUACAGCUAGACAGUGCCAUCAGCUCCAUCAGCUGUCGCGGUGGUUUCCACCCUUGAAGCAGGGUUCCACAACCGACUCAAAGAGAGAAGCGACCGCCUCUUCUGCAGAGGCAACGCUCACCACUGUUCCACAAGCGGCACAGUGAACUCGCAGAACAUCAAUGCAAGAGAAGCCACGGGGUCUUCUUCUCGUGGUUCCACUACAGUUCCUGCUUCUGUGAAAAAAAGUUUCACGUUUACCGAGGAACAGCACCACUUGAAAUUGAGGACUAUGACGACUCAAGCUGUCUCCCCGGGGUUCAUGUGCGAGGCACACCAAUUUAUGAAAGUGGAACAUGCCGUCAGACAAUGUUUUUGAUGUUCAUGUUGCCCACGUUCAGUAUUCGUCUACCUAAGGCUGCAGCUACAAUGCAUACUUUUACGACGGGAAUCAAUGAUCGUGUCAAUGGCCAGUUGUGCAAUACAUUAAAAGGUCUUAAAUUCCGAGCUUUGAUUCGUUAAGGAAUCGCCUUAAUGAACGCCGGAUCAACCAGUGCAACUACUUUCGAAUGAAGAGUCAACAUUGCGGUAUUAGACCUAGUGAGAUGCCAGUACAGCUUGCCUGGCACAUUGUUGCUGCGAGUGAAGUGUUCGAGGAGGCGACAGAGUCAAUAUUAAAGGUGCCUCAUAUAGGCUUCAAAAUAAGUAAGAUCUAAGUGUUUUAUAUAUAGCAACAAAGGGUGAGACCUUAUUUAGCACUUGAUAGAGGCAUAGAUGAAGAGUGAUCGCAGCCGCAAAGUUGUGCCUUCGGAAACGGCCGCUUGCCUUUCAUUUUCCGUCCAGCGCACUUUGUUAUGCUGUCACCUAACCAAGUGCUUUUGAGUUCUGUUCUUUGCAAUGUGUUUUGUUGUUUUAGGACAUAUAUAGUAUACAAGUGGUAUGGGAGAGCUGUACAGUGAGGAAAAAUACAAAAGAGAACGCCAAAUUUGGAAUUCAGAGGACAGUUACCAUGGAAGAGUUCGCGCACGGAGUUUGGAAGUUGCACUUCCAGUCUGAGUGCUGCAGGAGUACCUAAUUCGGCGUUCCUCUCCGUAUUACACCGCCACGUACACUCUCCUUGAGGCCAGGCACUAUUUUUUUUCUUGGUAAAGUUCCCACGCGCAACUUGCUAACAAAAAGAAAUGCAAUGGCCCGAUAUUUGUUGAUGUCUGAUAGUCACUGUAUAAAUUAUUGUUCCUAUGGUGCUGGCACCUCAGGAUAUUUAGUAUUUUUAAGUCACAUGUUUGUGUUGCGUUAUACCCCACUAUUUUUUUUCUCCCCGUGCCCCCUUUACCUCAUGCGCAGGUGCUAGGCAUAAAAGCCUGACAUUACUGAGCACUUGUCGAAUCAAAAAUAUCAUUUCAUCAUUGUACAUAUGUUUUCUCAGAUGCCGCUAUGCGAGAGUUCAAUAAACUGUUUUAUAUUAUAGGAAA